AUGAAGGCUUUGAUGAAAAAACUUGACCGAUUCUUUGAUCAUGUGUUCGAUGAACAUAAGCGGAAAAAGAAAGAAUUAUCCAAGGAUUUUGUGGCACGAGACAUGGUGGAUUUACUGUUGCAGCUAGUUGAUGAUCCUGAUCUUAACGUUAAGCUCACUUAUGAUCAUAUCAGGGGACUCAUACUCGACCUGAUAACCGGAGGCACAAAUACCUCGGCAUUAACCGUAGAAUGGGCGAUCUCAGAACUGAUCAAACAACCACAACUCAUCGGAAAAGCUACUGAAGAGUUAGACAGAGUGACCGGCAGAGAGAGAUGGGUAGAAGAGAAAGACAUCCCACAGCUUCCUUACUUGGAUGAAAUCAUGAAAGAAACAAUGAGGAAACACCCGAUUGCUCCAUUGCUAGCACCACAUUUGGCCAUGGAAGAUUGCAAAGUGGCAGGACACGAUAUUCGCAAAGGAACUAGAGUCUUCGUAAACACUUGGAGCAUAGGGAGAGACCCGUUCCUGUGGGAACAACCCGAGGAGAUUGAUGUGAAGGGGCGAAGCUUUGAGUUGCUGCCAUUUGGUGCAGGGAGGAGAAUGUGCCUUGGUUACAUCCUUGGACUAAAGAUGGUUCAGUUGAGCAUAGCGAACUUGUUACAAGCGUUCAACUGGAAAUUGCCUGACGAUACUAAAGUAGAAGAUUUGAGCAUGGAAGAAGGUAGUGGAAUUUCAACACCCAGAAAGUUUCCACUUGUUGCAGUCAUAGAGCCUCGUCUCCUGCUUCAUCUUUAUAAAAUUUGA